CUGGGACCAUUAUGGCAACGGAAAGCGUCCUGGAGCAAGCUUUGGUCUGUGCCGAAAGCUUCAGCCUCGCAGGCUCAGAAACAUGGCCCAUGUCUCAGUCAAGGUCAACAUACCACCCUUGGACAAGGGAUUCUUCGGCAGUAGAGCCUGCCCAGGAGCUGGUGACCUUUGAGGAUGUGGCCGUUUAUUUCUCAAAGGGGCAGUGGGAUCUGCUGGAUCCAGAGCAAAAAGCCUUGUACAGGGAGGUCAUGCAGCAGAAUUAUGAGAAUGUGGUCUCUCUGGGUUUCCCUGUAGCUAAACCUGCACUGAUCUUCUGGCUUGAGCAAGGAGCAGAGCCUUGGAUUCAAGAUCCAGGAGAAAGGGCAACAAAAGGCUCAUCUAUGAACUGUGUAGAUUCGUAUUGUGAAAGCCUCACAGGUACUUUUGGGGUAGUCUAAACCCCCUAAAAACGAAGCAUCCCUCCAGUGUGAGAAUAUUGAAUUAUCCCCUUUGUUAAAAUAAGGCAACAGUGUGGUGAGUAAAAGGUAAUCCUCCUCCCUCCCUCAGCAUUGCCCUUAUAUUUCCUGAAACUUUAUAUAUCCUAUUUUAUUUUUGAAAGUCACAUGUUACUCCUUUCCAGAGUAUAUGUAUCUAUGAAUCAGGCCUUGGAAUCCUCCCUUGUUCUUCUUCUUUUUUCCCUCAGAAGGUGACAGGAAGACAGUGAAGAAAAAAGCCACUUGCCUGUUGUGUGGGAAAACAGUCUCUUCCAAAUAUGCUCUCAUUGGACACAUGAGGACCCACACGGGAGAGAAACCAUACGAGUGCCCUGAAUGCAGGAGGAGAUUUGCUUUAAGGAAGAAUCUUACCUUGCAUCAGAAAACCCACCAGAAACACCUUGAGCCAAACCUCCCAUUAACUCAAGAGAACUUUUCUGCCAAAGAGUUGGCAUUUCACCAGGACCAGCCAGGAGAUCAAGAGCUUCAAGAUCACCAGGCACCAGAAGAGGCAACGCCUCCACCAAGCUAUCUUGAAGGGAUAAUCAAGGUUGAAAUGGUGGAAGGCCCAGAUGUACAGGAUCCAGUAGAUGACUACCCUCUUUCUGUGCAUUCUCCAACAGAAGCAUGGCCUCCAAAAAUCUAUCAAGGCAGUUGCAGGAGAGAACAAAAUACAGUGGGAAUAGCAAGAAAGACUUUAGGGCCACGGUCGAUUCAGAAGUCAUGGUUUUCUCAGUUUCCGUGGCUGGAGGCUGACAAGGGACAGACCACACUGUACUGUGUCAUUUGCAGGGAGAAACCCCCUGCUCACGGCCCAGUGUCCAAAUUAGUGACUGGAUACACCAGGCCAUUUAAAGUGGAAACUCUCAAACACCACGACAAGAGCAAUGCCCAUAACCUUUGUGUCCGAGCAUUGACAGCUAAAGAAGACCCAAAUGGCGUUCCAGUUGCUGUGCGCAUGACAAAAAUGUCCAGCUAUGUCCUGAAAAACAUGGAACACCUUUUUAGCGCGGCAUAUGACAUUGCCUAUCAUUCAAAGCCUUUGAAUGAUUUUGAAAAAGCUUUAGAUCUCUUGCAGGUCAUGGGAGCCCCCAUCAUACCCAGGUACAGAAACAGAGUGGCGUGCACCCUCUUCAUCAAAUGUAUCGCAGACACACUUGGGAAGGAAAUACUUGAUGGCAUACGCCAGUCGCCUUGCAUUAGUAUUCUGCUGGACGGUUUUACGAAUUCCUCCGAUCAGCCAUGUGUAGUGAUUUACAUCCGGUACAUAAAAAGAACAGAUGUGAAGGAAUCUUAUGUCUGCUUGGCUUUGCUGCCCAAUGAAACAGCCGAUGCCUGUUUUGAGACAAUCAUUUCAACCUUAGAGGAACUACAGAUCCCGUUUAGAAAGCCAGGGUGGCUGGUGGGCUUAGGAACCGGUGGAGCAGCCAAUAUAGUGGACUGCAAAAACGGGAUCAUCGCAAAAUUUGAAGACAUCACCCCCCAGUUCACUUCGGCCCAUUGUGUUACCUACAAGAUACAAUUUGCUGUCAUUGAUGCUUGCUGCAGGGGUAUUGACUUUGUUAAGAACUGUGAGAAGCGUAUACGGGCAAUGUUCAAGUUUUACCAGGUGUCUCCUGAGAGGCUGAGAGAGCUGCAGGUGGUGGCUUCUCGUCUAGGCCGGAAGGUUGCCAAGCUGAUGGACUGUAACGACGUGAGGUGGGUCAUCAGCAGGAGAGGGACUCUAAAUGCCCUUCUGGAAAACUUGCCUGCAGUUGUGAAUCACCUGGAGCGGCUGUCAAAAUCCAGUGGACACGAGGGUCAAAAAGCAAAAGGGAUGCUGACGUUCCUGAGAAGCUUCCAUUUUGUAAAACUUUCCCACUUCUUAAUAGAUUUCCUGAAUAUUUACAAGCCUCUCUCUGAAGUAUUUCAAAAAGAAAACAUCUUACUCAGGCAAGUGAAUUCCACUCUAGAAAACACAUACCUUACACUCCAAAGCCUUCUUCAGCAGGCAGGACCAAAAGAGGCAGAGUUUGAUACAAAUGUGAAGGGUGCGUGCUUCCGUGGCAUCCCUUUGCUUGGAAGAGAGUCUGGGGAGUGUCGAUUUCAAACUGACAGAGCAAAGAUUAUUCUGACAGGAGCAGAAUAUUUGCACCAAAGGUUUGACACAGAGAAAUCACUAGAGGUAUUAAAAAAUAUGGAGGUAUUUGAUACCACCUCUUGGCCUGACAGCAGCCGUCUUGCCAGCUUUGGGAAUGUGGAGAUUCUUUCUUUAGCUAAGCAUUUUGACAGCUCUCUAACGUCAAGCUAUAGUGAAGAUGGACUGCUGAGUGAGUGGUUGGAACUUAAAACCAUUGCAAAGGACCUUCCUUUCUCAGCAUUGUGCAAGAAGGCUAUGGCUGAGGGUCAGAGGUUUCCUUUGCUGAGUAAACUCACAUCGGUCGCAGCAUGUCUGUGUACUUCCACAGCAAGCUGCAAGCGGGGGUUUGUCGUUAUGAAUCUGAUAAGGACUUACGAGAGGCUGAAGCUUUCCAACGAAGUGGCAAACUCUCUAAUGAUGGUUGCUGUCAAUGGCGUGGCAGUUCCAGAUUAUGACCCGCUGCCUGCAAUUGAGCACUGGUACUUGACAUCUUCUGGCCGUCGCUGUUAACCAUCACUACAACAUCACUUGGAGCUGGGAUUGUACUGAUUCUAAAUAUUUAGUACCCCCAUUGUCUGAUGAACUGCAAAACGUGCCAUUAUCUCUGCUCAGAGUACUUGUCUGCAAAUCUCCAUAACAGAGCUUAUAAGACUGGGCAUUUGACUGGUCAAUUGACUGAUUAAAUAAUGGUCAGGGUGUUUUUUUAUUACCUUUAUUAGGACAAGCAAAAAGAUGCUUUAAUCAUUGAUAGAUCUUAUGCUAAUUUAAAAAACAAAUUAGCUAACUGUAGCAGUGAAACAAAUUAACUUUGACAAAAAUGUAGUAAUAACUUUCUAACAAUGUGACGUUUCUAUAAAUGUGAACAAGUCACCAAACAGCUGUUCUCACUUCUUACAGAUCCUUCUUGGCGUAAUGGUCAAGUAAUGGAUGAUCUGUUGAAUAUUCUCAGUCUGAGAAUAUUUGACCAGUCCAUUCACCAGUGUGCCAGCCCUUUCUGCUAGCCAUUUGUCUUGUGAUCAGUAUUAGUUAUGGAACGAACACUCCCCCAAAUAUAAGUGAGAAUUCUUGUAUUUAUUUUUACUUUGGAUUUUUUUCUCUGGAUACUUGCCAGGUUCUGGGUUUUAACUAGGGCUACAAUAUUUUAAUGAUUAAUUGAUUUUUAAAAAAUCUUGUACUUGACUUUUAAAAAAUGCCUGAUUGAGCAACAGCUUUUAAAAACAGAUUAAUUGUUUUUAACACAGGAACCUACAAAAAACUGUCAAUGACAGGUGCCAUUUUGACAGAAUUCCUAAUUUUUCUCCCCGCAGGAGUUAAUGCCUUUCCUAAGAUGGAAUCCACUGUGAAACACGCAGCAGCAUCUGUGCUUUUUUUCUUUCAGGUGUAUUGCUUUAGUCUUAUGAAAAUGUAUUUAAAUUACAUCAAACAAAUUAAAACUCAGCCGAGGUUUUGUUAAUUCUGUGACGGCCCUAAUUUUAAUUUCUCUGAACUGGUUUGAGUAUGAUACAGAAAGGGUACAGAAAUUGGAGUUUUUCUGGUUGUACACUCAACUGGUUGAGUGUGUGUUGUUUCAGAGAGGAUUUAUGGGCUCCCUCUUAAGUGUCACUGGCCUGUCUUAAUGGAAAAUGUCAGCACCUACUUUCUUCUCUGAUUCCUUAUAAAAACAUAAGAAGAGCCCUGCUGCAUCAGACCAAUGGCCUGUCUAGUCUAGUACCCUGUUUCACACAGUAGCCAACCAGUUACAUUGGAGGAGCAACCACAGGACAGAGGCCAAGACCUUCCCUGGAGUGGUCUCCUGGCACUGGUAUUCAGAUGUUCACUGCCUCUGAAUAUGGACGCUCCCUUUACUCACCAGCAAGAAAAAAUUAGGGCAGUAAAUGCCCAGGGCAGAGACUUUUCUUUGGUGGCACUUCUGUCAUGGAAUGCCCUCCCCAAGGAUGCUAUUACAGACCUUGUAGCAGUUUAGAAAAACUUUUUAAAAACACUUUUUUAUUUUCUUGAGCCUCAGGUCUAGCAUUGCUGGUUCUGCCUGUUAAUUUUAUAUUUUAAUAUUAGUGUUGUUUUUCAUUUGGUGGUUCUGUUUUGUGUGGUUAGGGACUGGCUUGUUUUGCUUUCUUUAAUCUUUCUUUGCACUUCAGCUUGCUCACCUUUGGAUGCCAAGACAGUAAUGACAUUUCCAGGGAUAAAUAAAAUGUCCGUUAAAAUCAGCGUGUAAGUGGUGUGGAUAAUGCCUAGUGAAACAACGGAAGCGAGAAAGAAAUGAACUUGUUAAUGCAGAGCUUGCUUCUGCGCGCAUAUGUGCGCGCGCGUGUGCACACGCACACACAGAGUUCCAUUCAAUCAGGCUCCCACACAUCUGCUUUAAAAGAAAAAAAGUUUUGGAGAUCAUUCACGGAACUAC